GUACCACCCGGGUGCACCACCAAAGCCGCAGCUCGCAAAGCGAUGCAUUGAAUUACGUGCACUUGGAUCAGUCGACACUUUACGCCAUCGCUGCGACGGCCGAGACCGUAAUUUGCAACGAAUCCAUCGCUACGGUCAGAAAUGGCAAGCAGCACCAAAGCCCAGCUCUCACUGAUCGACGUCGCGAAGUGCUUCUCGAGCGGCGCCGUCGCCGGCGUCGUCUGCGACUCGCUGCUGUACCCGCUGGAUCUUUGCAGAGCGCGACUCAACGCGCCGCGGCCGCGCGGCGCGCCGACGCUCCCGUCAGAUCCAUUAAGGGCGCUGCUGGCUAUAAGCAGGGAGCUGCGGCCGAAGCCGCGGGCGCUCUAUCGAGGGCUCCUCUGUGUGCCAUUCUUCGCGCCGGCGGCGUACGGGCUCUAUUUUUCCGCGUACGAGGUCGCCUCCCGGAAAACGGAGUCCGAGCUGGCCGCGGGGUUAUGUGCUGAAGCUUGUGCAAAUCCCUGCUACAUUCCCUAUGACGUCGUGAAGCAGCGGUACAUGGUCGGCCGCGCGCGCGGCACCGUCGUCACCGCGACGCGACUCAUUUUGAGGCGGGACGGCCUGCGCGGUUUAUAUAGGGGCUUCCUGCUGACGUUCGCCACCUACGGUCCUUUUAGUGCGAUCUACUUCUGGAGCUACGACUUAUUUACGCGACGCAUGGGACAGUAUCCGCUCAUAAACGGCACGCUCGCCGGCGCGGUGGCCGGCGUCGCGACGCAGCCCGUGGACUGGCUGAAGACGCGGGUCCAGGUGUCCGCCGACGUCGGCGGGUCCUCAUCGCGUAUUGUUUUUGAUGCGAUCCGCGACGAGGGCGUCUCCGCAUUAUUCCGGGGCGCGGCGGCGCGCGCGUUCUGGCUCGGGGCUUCUUGUGGGAUCACGAUGCAGGUUUAUGAGUCCGCGAAGGCGGGGCUUGGGGUGAGUUAG